AUGGGCCUCCUGCCGCCGCAGCCUCCGGCCGGUGGUGGCGACGAGUGCACGGUGCGCGAGCAAGACCGGUUCAUGCCCAUCGCAAACGUGAUACGCAUCAUGCGCCGGAUCCUUCCCCCGCACGCCAAGAUAUCCGACGACGCAAAGGAGACGAUCCAGGAAUGCGUGUCGGAGUACAUAAGCUUCAUCACCAGCGAGGCCAACGACCGGUGCCAGCGAGAGCAGCGCAAGACCAUCACGGCCGAGGACGUCCUCUGGGCCAUGUCCAAGCUCGGUUUCGACGACUACAUCGAGCCCCUCACCGUAUACCUCCACCGCUACCGUGAGCUCGACGGAGCUGACCGCGGCGGAUCCUUCCCUCUACCUCUCGUCAAACGGGGCCCACCAGACCAACACCCGGGAUUCCACCCUCAACCGAUGCCCUUCCACCAUGGCUUCUUUGGAGGCCCGCCCGUGAGCUUUGGCUUCUUCAAGGAAAACGGGAGCGUUGGGCCGUCAUCACAGGCGGCAGAGUUUAAGGAGCACAACAAGUUGUGA